AUGCCAAUUAAGCGGCUAGACCAGCUGGUGGUCAACAGAAUCGCUGCAGGCGAGAUCAUCAUUCAACCAGCCAACGCGCUCAAAGAGCUUCUAGAGAAUUCCGUUGAUGCUGGAGCCACAAGCGUGGAUAUUCUCGUGAAAGACGGAGGAUUGAAGUUUUUGCAAAUCACAGAUAACGGAUCAGGCAUCAAUGUUGACGAUAUGCCGCUUCUUUGUGAGAGAUUCGCAACAUCCAAGCUCAGUCUGUUUGAAGAUCUAGAGAGUUUGGCGACUUACGGGUUUCGUGGCGAGGCAUUGGCGUCGAUUUCCCACAUUGCAAGAUUGAGCGUGAUUUCGAAAACAAAGGAGUUCCUGUUGGCCUACAAGGCGUUCUACAAUGCGGGCAUGUUGGCUACAAAUAAGUUCAAGGUGGAUGACGAGAGCAAGACGGCUCCAAAGCCUGUUGCAGGCAAGAACGGGACACAAAUCACCGUUGAAGACCUCUUCUACAAUACUCCUUCGAGGUUGCGGCUGAUGAAGCUGAAGCUGGACGAGCUUGCGCUGAUAUUGGAUGUGGUUGGAAAAUACGCUGUACAUACCCAGGGGGUCGGAUUCACGUGUAAGAAGUUUGGCGAGCUGACGCCGGCUUUGGCAACGAGACCGCAGGCUGAAUUGAAGGAGCGUUUGAGGACGGUUUAUGGUGUCAGUGUGGCCAGUGACAUUAUAGAGUUCAGCAAAGAGGGUCCUUCGGAGUACGGACUUAUGAAGGUCAGCGGUGCCAUCACGGGGCUCAACUACAAUAAUAAGCGGAGAGCCGUACCCGUGUUUUUCAUCAACAACCGUCUGGUUUCCUGUGAACCACUCAAGAGAGCCUUGGUGUCGUUGUACCAGGUAUUCCUACCCAAGGGCACGUAUCCGUUUUUCUACCUUAGCUUGGAGAUCAAGCCGCAAAACGUCGACGUGAAUAUCCAUCCUACAAAACGAGAAGUUAGGUUUCUCUACGAAGAAGAGAUCAUCGAGUGGAUCACCGGUUUAGUCCACGAUACGUUAUCAUCGCAUGACACAUCCAGAACAUUCAAACAAAGCACAUUUAAGCGGGGCAGUGACGUCGAUGACGUCGCAACGCAGGUCAAGAAAUAUCGUCAAGAAAACAAGCUUGUCAGAGUGGAUGCUUCGCAGCCCAAACUUGAAGCAUUUGUGUCAAAUCAGAACAAUGAGGAUGAUGACGAGAUUGAGGUGGAGGAACGCAGGGAGGUGCACCUUGACAGCAUAAGAGAGCUACGCCAGGAGGUGCUGGAAAAUGUUUACAGGCCCUUAACAAAUGUGUUCAACAACUUGGUCUACGUUGGUGUUGUUGAUGGAAACCGCCGUCUAUGCUGCUUCCAGUACGACGUGAAGCUCUUUCUAUGCGACUACGGCGCCGUCCUUGCAGAAUUCUUCUAUCAAAUCGGCCUUCUAGAAUUUGCCAAUUACGGCCGAUACGAGCUCGACCCACCAAUAUCACUCCAAGACCUUCUUGCCCCGCUAUACGAAACGAGGAGUGACCUAGUUGCCCGUGAGGACGUCGUCUCCGCUAUCACAGGAAUGUCUGACAUGUUCUUGGAGUAUUUUGCCUUGCACAUUGAACGAGGCGUGCUCCACUCGGUGCCUUUGCUCUUGACCGGUGCAGAGCCAGCCUUGGCCAAGUUGGCCCAUUUUGUCUAUAGAUUGGGCACAAAGGUGGAUUAUCAGGACGAAAAAAAAUGUCUAAGUCAGGUGCUCCGUCAAAUCGCUCUCCUCUAUGUGCCCUCACCCACGGACACUAAUGAGGGAUUCGAAAAACUCGAAAAUAUUAUUUUCCCUGCCGUUCGCCAAAGGCUUGUGGCACCGGCCAAGCUCAUGGACCAUGUUGUCCAGAUAGCCGAUCUCCCGGGACUCUACAAGGUUUUUGAGAGAUGUUAG